AUGAUGACAUCCAACAUCGCAAAAUCACUCAACACUGCACUAAAAGCUGCAAGAAAUCUCCUCAUUGAUAUCUUGGUUGAAUGCCUUAGAAGUUUGGUUCAAAAGUGGGUUUGGAACAACUCAAAUAAUGCAAACGGAACAUUCACAAAAGUCUCUACAGCAACAGAGAAUGAAUUGAGACAUGGCAUUGUUUCAAAGAUGAAGUUCCAAGAAGAUGAAUUGCCUUGUGGCCAUGCAGUAGCUGUCAUUGCAAAGAGAAACUUGAGUGUGUAUGAUUAUUGUGCAAAGUUCUACAGAACAGAAACGUUGAAAGCAUUGUAUCAAGAAAAUGUUCAUCAUUUGCCCCAUAAAGAUGAAUGGAAUCUCCCACAACACUUGGACAUAAUGGUGUUGCCUCCAAAUGCAACAAUCCAUGCAGGAAGACCAAGAAAGAAAAGAAUAAGAUCAAGAGGGGAACCUAAAGUAAUAAUCACCUGUGGGAAAUAUGGGCAACCAGGAUAUAACAGGAAGACUUGA